GGCUGGAAGGGGUCGCAUGUACAUAACCUCAGGAUCUCCCAGAGGAAAAGGCAGGUCCUGGAACAUGGUGUCGUAUAGAAGAACGUUGAUAGGCAUGUCACGGUAAGACAGAGGAACAGAACAGCUAAAAGAAUAAGCUCACCAGCAAGCCACUGCACCAGGUCCAUUUGUGAUGGAUGCCAAUGGAAGUACACACUCCCAUCCAGCAAGGACUGGCUUCACAGUUGCCGACUACUCUGUCUUUGCCACCAUGCUGCUAGUCUCCAUGGUGAUUGGGCUCUUCCAGGCUCUCAAAAAGAGUGGUCAAAGACAGGAUGCUGCCAGCUACUUCACUGCUGGGAGACAGAUGCCUGCUGUUCCCGUUGGGCUGUCCCUCUGUGCCAGUUUCAUGUCGGCUGUUCAGGUGUUGGGAGUGCCCACCGAAGCCUAUCGCUAUGGCAUGGUGUUCCUGUACAUGUGUGUGGGUCAGACCUGCAACUCCUUCAUUACAGCCUACUUCUUUCUUCCAGUCUUCUACCGCCUUGGGAUCACGAGCACCAACCAGUAUCUGAAGAUGAGGUUUAACAGAAACAUGCAGCUGCUUGGAAACUUCCAGUUUAUAAUAGCCACGUUGCUGUACACUGGAAUAGUGAUCUAUGCCCCAGCUCUGAUCCUUAAUCAAGUCACUGGCUUUGACAUCUGGGCCUCUCUCCUGUCCACUGGGGCCAUCUGCACCUUCUAUACUUCUUUGGGUGGGAUGAAGGCAGUGGUCUGGACAGAUGUAUUUCAGAUCAUCGUCAUGCUGUCAGGCUUCUUGGCUGUCUUAGUCCAUGGAACUGCACUGGCAGGAGGACCAGCGAAGGUUUUGGAAAUUGCUGCCAACAGCUCUCGAGUUAAUUUGGACAAUUUCGAUUUCGACCCAAGGAGGCGCUACACUUUUUGGAGCCUAGUGGUGGGGGGGGCCAUGCUGUGGCUGUCUAUGUAUGGAGUGAACCAAGCCCAGGUGCAGCGCUACAUUUCCUGUAAGACAGAGAGGCAGGCGCAAUGGGCCGUAUUUGUGAAUCAGGUUGGGCUGUGUCUCAUUGUGAGCUGUGCGGGUAGCUGUGGGAUUGUCAUGUUCACUCUGUACCAUCACUGUGACCCACUCCUGACUGGACAGAUCUCCUCUGCUGACCAGUAUAUGCCUUACUUCGUCUUGGACAUCUUUGAAGACUAUCCUGGUUUUCCUGGUCUGUUUCUUGCCUCUGCAUACAGUGGAACACUAAGCACGGCUUCCACCAGUAUUAACGCCAUGGCGGCCGUGACCAUGGAAGACCUGAUCAAGACCCGUCUCGUCCAGGUGUCACAGAAGAGGCUGGUGUUAAUCUCCAAAGGCCUGUCUUUCAUGUUUGGAAUCAUCUGCAUCACUGUUGCUUCCCUCUUCUCCCUAUUGGAUCGAGGGGUUCUUCAGGGGUCAUUCACGGUCAUGGGGGUGUUGAGUGGCCCACUGCUUGGAGCCUUUAUCCUGGGCAUGUUUAUACCUGCAGCCAACACACUGGGUGUUUUUGCAGGUGUAUUUGCAGGACUUGGCAUUUCAUUGUGGGUUGCUCUUGGAUCGAUCCUGUACCCUCCCAGCUCUGAAGUAAUGGGGGUGCUGUCUGGUUAUGCUGACUUCUGCCCCUUAAUGCCCUCCACCAACUUGACACACAACAGCAGCCUGAUCUCUGGCACUCCAGCUCCCUGGCAGCCUGCCACGAAAAUCCAGGAGGCGUUGUCUGGUCUGGAGAACUUCUACUCCAUAUCAUACCUGUACUAUGGAGCACUUGGAACGACUACAGUGGUGCUGGUUGGAGUUCUGGUUAGCUACCUAACAGGACCAACCAAGAGGACAGAUAUUGCCGUUGGACUUUUAUGGUGGGACCUGAAUAAUAAACCCCUUGAACGCCCUUCACAUGGUAACGAGAGUUUGGAUACUUGCAGACCCCUUACACCCAGAAACAAUGAAAGAGAAGGAGGGGGUGAAGAAUGCAAAAUGGGAUCACAAGGCAGGAAGAUGCUAAAUGGGGACCAGACUUGGAUUCCUGACACCCAAGUCUAGAACGUAUGUGAAGGUGAAUGUCAAAAUUGUUUAAUGAGAUGCUUUUAUUUUCAAUAAAGGUUACAAAUAGGGUUGUA